AUGGAGAAAGAACUUGAAGUGUUGCACAACCGGUUGUUCAAAGCCAAGGCGCGUCCGGAAAAGACAAUGGCCGUACUGAUCUCCGGCGUGCCAGGCUCCGGCAAGACACAUCUAACGCGGCAGUAUGUGUUCACUCAGCGUGAAUGCUAUCCAGGCGGCAUAUUUUGGAUUGAUGCCAAGUCCCGCGAAUCAAUGUACAAGUGCUUUUGGGAGAUUGCCCAAGCAGCUACACUGAUUGAGCAGAAGGUGACCGUGAACCCUGAGUAUCAUGAGACUGAAAAGUACGUGAAUGCAGUCCGCCUCUGGCUUCAGACACGCAAAGAUUGGCUCCUUGUCUUCGAUGGUAUUACCUUCGACCGCGACGACGAUAUCAAUAAAUUCAGGGAGGUCUUGCCAUGGAACAAAGAGUGCAGUAUUAUAUACACCUCGGUCGACACAACGCUGCGCAAAAAGCAGCGGCUGUACGAGCCCUAUUGUCUGAUGAUCUCUCGGUUGAAAGUGGAAGACGCUUGCAAGCUUCUGUUCAAGGAUCUUGGGAUUACGCGAGCGACACCUGAGCAAAUCUCCAAGGCUACCCGGAUAGUUGAGCACUACGAAUGCCUACCCUUGGCAAUCCAUGCAAUUGGGCACCGUCUCAACGCAACGGGUAAACCGAUCGAGAAGUAUCACGUCAAAUCUCAGGUGACGGACAAGAAGCUUGCAGAGCCUUUCUUAAGUAUCAUGAACGAUUUGUUUCGGUUGCAGCAAAAGCAGGCGCUGCACUUGAUUAAUCUUCUCUCGUUUCUUGGCCACCAGGUGCCAGUGGGCCUUCUGAACCUCGGUCGAGCGGCUAUGGCCGCUGAGAAUUUGGAGAUCCAGACCAGUGCACAAGCCGGAGAAGAUCCUGAUCUCGAUACCACACUUGGAACUCUCAUUCACUAUGGCUUGGUUGAACGGAUUUCAGAUGCCGAUCUCUUUCAGCAGAGAUCAUCUGUGCCUAAUUUUGAGGGCAAUCAGAUGAGCUCGGAUGUGAAGACUGUUCCGGAACUCUCAGAUUCCCUCACAGAGAGCAGCCAAGAAGGGUUUUUCUCCAUCUACCGUCAUGAAUCGGUGGUUGAUGUAGUCAAGAUUCACAGUGUGGUGCAGGGGUUCUGUCGUGAUGAGCUCCGAAUCAAGGACGAGGAGAACAAAGGCAUGAUGAGCAAGAAUGACCCUGGUUUCUUCGAUACUUGGUUGAUUGUUGCCAGUCGUUUUCUCAUGACGUCUUACGAAGCCGCUAUGGGACGGAUGGCUCAUUACGAAGACUGUGGCCUUGUCCGGGACUAUCGAGAGUACGAAACUCACGCUUCACGACUGCUUGAGCUCUUUCCAAAGAAGGCAGCAAUCAAUCUCCAUCCAAUAAUUGUUCGUGAAACACGAGAGAAUUUGCGACAGUUGACGAAGAUGAUAAGCAGAGAAAUAGAGAACAUGUCUCCAAGCUCCUCAAACCACUCUCUACGGAAUCAAAAGUCGGUUUUCGACAGGUCAAGCAGCUCGUCGUCAUCAUUCCGUGAUUCGUCCGCCGACGAAGGUCUAUCGCGCCGGUCUACCUUCAACUGGAGUGAUCUUGGGUCACCUCGAGCGGAAUCUCCCGAGGAGAUGGCUGUGCCACCUCCCCAGUUCAGAUUAGAGCUUUUCCCACCACAUAUAUUCAGACAGGCUGGGUAUGAAUCCGAAGAAGGCUAUGAAACGGACGGCGAAGUUAAGGAGGCAAUUCGAAUCUCUCCAGCCAUGUCGCAAAUAAGCCAAGCCACGGAGAAACCGAACAACACACCUCCCUCAUCGAGCCCACCAACCACUGGCCUAUCGGAGUGGCAAGUGGUCAAUCGACGCUCAAAGCCAAAGUCAAAUAAAGAGAAUCAAACAAAGAGGCGGAACAAUGGCCCUCGUCGCUUUAGAGAUACUACGUUCGACACCCCACUGGUCAAACUGUCCUCCGUCCAAGGAAAAGGAUCAUCAAGCCGCACAGCUGCUGCCGAAACUGGGAGCUCUUUGAUGCCGGCUUCGGAAGCCGAGAAAGCACUUACUGCAGUGCGUCGUUCUAGCAAUUCCCAAGCGUCCGCUGACGCCCCGCAGCCUACAAUCAUCUCUCCACCAACAAACAAAGAGAACAUGCCAACGUUUGCAAAUGUGGCUACCCGACGAAGGUUAGAGGUAGAAUCUACAGCGAAACGCCCAUCAUCGGUUCCCGUUUUGAAGGCUUUGGACCCAGCUAGCGGUUUGCAUUUGAAUGGCGGCUUGCAGAUGAAACCGUCUAUUGAAUCGCUCGACAGUCAAGCGGGCUACGCCUUUACAUCUCCGCUAUACCAUGAUGUGUCUGAAGAAUUGAUGACCGAGCCUCUAAGUCGGUCAACGUACAGUGAGCCUGAGGUCAAUACGCUCAGUCACCGCUACGGAGCAGAUUUACAUACCGCGCCUGGAUCCCGGGCUCCCUCUCGGCGUGGUUCAGUGCCACAUCUAGAGGUCCCACGAGGUCUAUCUGCAAGCGUGCCAUCCCUCCUUCCAUAUCCACCACCGCUACCAUACGAUGAGAACAUCUCCGUCACUCUUCCAAGCCGCAGAAGAUCCUCUCAACUAGCACCAGGCUCAAUACCUGUCCCAGGCGCUCCUAGACCUUCUUCCAUGGCUCAUCCAUCCGCAAUCAUGCCCAGCGCAUUGCCAUCGUUUAAUACCAAAAUGCACGUGGGCUCAGCCCCAGAGCGCUCCAUUCCCGAGCCCAUGUCGCGUGACUCUUCCGGGUACUCCCAUCAAUCAUGGGUCACAGAACCCGUGCGGUAUCCCCCGCGGUUCUCACCAAUUCCGGGUUUCCAACAGGCCCCCGAGAUGAUUCCAAGUCCACCGUCGAGCAUGCAACACCAACAACAAAUGCUCGCCGGGCCCGCUAGCUGGACACCCGAAUUGCCUUUCGCGGGCAGUGCUCUCCAGUCAGAUCCCAUUUACCCCAGCCCGCCCACAUCAUCACAUGGUCAGGGACAGCUCGGCUCCAUGGAUGAGCGACUGAAGUAUCCCGACCCGGGCUGGAACCCGGAGGUUGAGCCAGUGCGGUUUCUGCAUUUUGGCGGACACCGCGUUGAUGUGCGAGAUGCACGACUCCGACUCAAUGAAUCGGCUCGCCUGGUGACAACGCGGCCCCAGCAGUAUCAGCUGUAUCAUCCUAAUCUGUCGGGUCCUUUGAUUCAGCAUGAUGGUCAUGUCUAUGCGCCUGCGCCGCGGCUGGAGAUAUAUGGGACUCGUGCGCGUAGUGGGAGUUCCCCUGUGCACCCUAACUAUGCUGGGUUGGGAGUGCGGUACUCGUGA